UUUUCCACUCAAAAAAUUCUUCUUCUUCUUCUUCUUCUUCUUCAAAUUUCAACUCCGUUAAUGGCUUCCGGCGACGACGUUUCGACCUUAGAUUUCAUCAGACAACACCUUCUCAGCGACUUCAACUCCAUUGAAGCCUUCGCUUCAAAUCUCGAUUUCAUCAACAAUAAUGGACUCACACCUCAAAUCCCCGUUGCCCCUUCAAAGAUCGGUCACCGCCGUCCCUCUCUCAACGUCAUGAUUCCACCCAAGACCCACUCUGUCCAAUCCCCUGCAGCAGCGACGGCGACGGUUACGACAUCUUCUGAUGUAAAAUCUGAUGUGGGUCUGAGUCAGCAUUACAGGGGGGUUCGCCGGCGGCCAUGGGGGAAGUUUGCAGCGGAGAUUCGGGACCCCAAUAAACGUGGAGCUCGUGUUUGGCUUGGAACUUACGAUACUGCAAUUGAAGCUGCCAAAGCUUAUGACAGAGCUGCUUUUAAGAUGAGAGGCAGUAAGGCGAUUUUGAAUUUUCCUCUUGAGGCUGGAAAGGAAGCAGAGGAGCCGCCGUCCNACCAUUUCAAAGAUUACGUGCGCCGAUUAUAUCUAGAUGAUCGGUAUUAG